AUGCCUCCUUUACAAGCCGAUCAAUUUGAAAAGAUCCUACCGCCUACUCCUCCCAACGGCGACAUCCCUCUUACUCUCAACGUCGAUCUGAAUUCCCCACCUGCUGCAAGUCCCGCGACCAUCAACUUUGCCGAGCCCGUGUUACCUGUUCGACCUCGUAAAAACAGGCGUCCCCUCAGCGGCUAUCCUCCCCAGAGCGAACCGACGUUUCCUCAAGUACGCAAAGCCACAGAUCCGGGACCUAUCCGUCCAAGCACGUACGAUCUGGAUGCUCGACCACAACAGCUUGACGUCGAUCUGGACACAUACUCAUCUACUGAAUAUGACGGCGAGGAUGCCGAAACCGCCAGCCAUGAACCCACGCUGAGCUUUGUCACCACUUCGACGAUCGACUCGAGCACUCGAACUCCGUCCAUCAGCGGCGCGUAUGGCUUCGGUACCCCCGAUCUGAAGGCGGGUGAGGAUGUGAGGAUACGAGUGCGACAGAACCCAGGACGAAACACAGCCUAUUCUUCAGCCGAAUCAUCCAUGGGCUCCGGAGCCUUUUCCUAUCACAUGCCAGAAUCUCAAUUCCACCCUCAUCCACCUCCCAUGCCCACUCACUUUCCUAUCCACGACACCGUUGGAUUGGGUAUCUCGACCCGCGAUGCAAACAAAUAUCAAGAGAUUGCUAGUAGCGUCAGCUCACCAGCCGAGUUUGUCCAUCGUCCUUGGCGCCGAGACGUUACCACGCGUCUACGCAGCGGGUCAACCUCAUCCACCUCGACGGAUACCGCUUCAACUGUGGACUCGCGACAUGAGGCUUACAGCUAUCAAUUUCCCGAACAGCUCUCCUGGCAGUCCGAGUCACCUCAUUUGACAGUCGCUGAAGCUGUUGCCAUGGUAGAUGAGGGCAGGGAUGAACGUCUGGACAUCGCUCGAUUGAAAGCCAUGGGAGGAGUUCAAGCGUUGACGACGGAAUUUUGCAAAUCCCUCGAAGAGCUCAACAUUUCUGGCAAUCCCUUGCGAGUCCUCCCUGCAUGGAUCGGCGGUCUGACGGCUCUUCGGAUGCUCGUGGCAGAUCAGUGUAGUCUGGGUGGCUUGGUGGCGGACACUCAAAAUCUGGAGCGACUCCACACUUUGUGCGUCCGACGCAACCGUCUUGUGUCCCUUCCAUCAUGGCUGUGUCUCCUGAAACAUCUGGAAACCUUGCGAGUGGACGACAAUCCUUUCGUUACCGAAUGGCUGCCCAUCGUUGCCCCGAUUUUGUCGAACCCCCCGGUGGCUAAUCUUCCGACGCGCAGCACGUCCGUAAGGCGUUCUGAUCACUUCCUUCGUUCGGCCACGUCGAUCGCUUCCCUGGCCAGCUCUAUGACAGCUAGCUCUAUUCAUUCCAGAGAUGCUGCUUUGUCUACUGAACCAUGGCUCAGUCCCUCAAAUUCGGCCAAUCAUUCCAUGCACCAUCUCGGUCCAAUCGCCGAGGACAUUGUGCAGCCGCAUUCUGCCCCUCUCCCAGCCGAACCAACACAUGACGAAGACGAACUGCAACCUCCUCGGGCGGCAGCUUUGACGGGUUCUUCUUCGUACCGCAGUUUGCGCAAGAUGCGUUCCGCCGGCUCUCUCUUCGGCAGAGGAUCCGUAGCGGAGCCGGCUAAAGCUGGUCCGUCGCGACCUGUCACUCAGGACGGUCGUCCAGGUUCACGAUCACAAACGAUCAGUGCUGCUGGUCGAGGAGCUUCCAUGGCCGACUACUCGGAGGACGAACGUUCCGCAUCACCUUUAGCUAGGCCACUUACGAAUCAGGAGACUGGGAGCAAGACGAAGUGGGGCUUUUUGCGUAAAAUGUCAAUGAACAAACUUCGUCAAGACAAGCACUCGGAGAAACACACACUAAUCGCUUCUGCCUCUGCGAAUCUCAAAAGUAUGCCCCCUCUCAGUCAUGCCAAUUCGGACCCCAUCACCACUCUGCCACACCGUCCCGGUAUGGCCUCCGCCAAAAGUGUCAACACGUUACCUACCAUUAAGACUUCCAUAUCGGAGAUGAACGAAUUCGGACGGUUCAAAACAUCUGUCUCCGCCUCGACAUUACCUCGGAACUUGCCUGCUAGAAAUCAGUUGAUGAAUGACGCCGCGAGCAAACGGGCCAAACGCAGGAGUUUCUUGCCAGUCGAUAAUGCACCUUCUAUCAGCGUCGCCAUUCCCUCCACAUCACCAUUCAUGCCCACUCCGCCUGCCUUGGAGUCUUCCGAAACGGCAUCGAGCGAGAAUGAUCGACCCGUCUCCCAAUCUCGAGCGUUUGACGAUGUGGAUGAAGAGACACGAUACGUGAUGGGAUUGGAAUCGAUCAAAUCUUACCUUCGUGACCUGUACGAUCUUUCGCGUCCAAUCGUUGAGACAUACCGAGGUUUCGAAAUCAUUGACGCUGGAUCAUCCACUGUAUCCGAUUUCGGCUCUCCGCCCUCGAUCACAUCACAUGGGUCAGUUGCCCAUGUACGACGACGUCGACCCACUUUGGACACGCAGAAUUCUGGAGUAUCCAUUCCCAGUAUGCACGAGAGUGAUUUGACGACUCCAUCAACCGACGACGGCAAGAAGUUCAAAGAUGACAAGACGAAACGUGCUCGUGUCAUUCGGGAAAUAUGGGAGACGGAGCGUACCUAUGUUCGUGGACUGGGAGAAUUAGUACACAUUUACGUGAAACCUGCCCAAGCGCCCAUCAGCAAGUCUUCCACCGAGACAGUCGUUCCUCUCCCCGAGCGUAAAAUAGUCUUUGGUGGUAUUGAGAGUAUUCUCACCAUUCAUCGAGAUAAUCUAUUGAGAAGUUUGGAAGCUACUGUCAAGCCUCUGAUCGAAGGGCAAGACGAUGAAGAAGGACAAUUGUCAGCUCACACGGCACAUGAAGUCGGUAAAGUCUUUCAAGAGUAUAUCACCUACAUGAAACAAUACUCGACUUAUAUCAAUAAUUUCGAUAAUGCUUUGACCAGGAUGAAGACAUGGACGCAACCUUUAUCUGCGCCUAGCACACCUGGGUUUCCUUCAAAGCCCAGUAGUCCACAUACAAUCGCCUCCGCCGUUGCCGGAGCAGGGAUGAGUGCUAUCUCUCUUCCUCUCAGCGCAGAAGUUUCACACUCUGGCACUCAUAUGACACCUGCUCAGAAAAAGCGAGUUCGGUCUUACAUGAAGCGAUGUCGAGCCCAUCCCAUGCAUGCUCAAAUCAACCUUGAAUCCUACCUGCUCUUACCUAUUCAACGAGUCCCACGGUAUAAACUUCUCCUCGAAGAUCUCGCCAUGUGUACUCCUCCUCGUCUUGACGGUCCUCAGGAUAAACUCGACGCGGCUUUGCAAGAAAUUGCCAAUUUGGCUUCUUUGAUGAACGAAGAGAAACGAGAGUCUGAAUCUCGUUUACGUCUUUUACAAUGGCAACAACGUAUAACCUCCCGUGGACCUUCUCCAUUAGUUCAACCUCAUCGAAAACUCAUCCUGGACGGUCGUUUGAAUCUCAUACGAUUGAUUAAAAAAGGUAGUUCUUUCGUUGAAGUUGAUAGUCUUCCCACUACAGAUGGAGAACAAACUAUCAUGCCUUCAAAAGCUGUGGUACCUAUCGAACAUAUCGUUCCGGAACCUAUGGAGAGGAUCAUGGUGUUGAUUCUUUGUUCGGACAUUUUAGUUUUGGCCAGUCCAAGAGGUGAAGGAGGGGAUGUACCAGUUGAUUUAUUCAACGUUUUGAGAAUGGGUACGAUGAAGGAACCUGCUAGUAUAGUUCAGAAUAACAUUCUUCGAGUGGUUGAUAAUAAGUCUAUUUAUUAUUUCAACGCACCUGGUCAAACGACGACGUUGGAAUGGUGUAGAGCCAUCAACACUGCGCGGAGAAGAUAG